CGUAAUGCCAAGACUUCCAUCCACCUAGAAAAUUUCCACCGCCGGCAGCUAUCGCGACUCUUUGCACCACCGAGCGAGCAACUUCAAUUAAGUCGGCUAAUCAACCCAACCAACCGUCAAAAUGCCUGGAGGUGUCACUGUUCGGGACGUCGAGCCCCACAAGUUCGUCAACGCCUAUGCCGCUUUCUUGAAGCGCCAGGGCAAGCUGCCCGUUCCCGGUUGGGUUGACACCGUCAAGACCGGCCCGGCCAAGGAGAUGCCCCCCCAGGACAUCGACUGGUUUUACGUCCGCGCUGCCUCCGUUGCCCGCCACGUCUACCUCCGCAAGACCGUUGGUGUUGGCCGUCUUCGUCGCGUCCACGGCACUGCCAAGAACCGUGGCAGCCGUCCCUCCCACCACGUCGAGGCCUCUGGCUCCGUUGACCGCAAGGUCCUCCAGGCCCUCGAGAAGAUUGGUGUCCUCGAGCACGAUGAGGAGAAGGGUGGCCGCCGUAUCACCCAGCAGGGCCAGCGUGAUCUGGACCGUAUCGCCCAGACCGUCAUUGAGGCUGAUGAGGAGGAUGACGAGUAAAUUCGUCGCUAGAUAUCAUGAAUAAUAUCUAAAUCUUCCCCCAUUCACGAAUACGAUACCCCCAAUCUCUGGAGUGAAGGUUUUGCGUCGCAUGAUUUUGUUUUCCCGGUAGCAUAUCAGGUUUCAGGUGUCAAAUGGAUUGCUUCUUGGUCAUGCGUCAGGCUACUGGUCCUCCAAUAUCGUAAACAUGCCAGUGUGAAAUAUCACCACUAUACAUCCAGACCCCGAUUGACUUGCCUGUGCUCAGUGCCAAUGCCCUGGCUCAGCCUGGUUAUAUGUCAUUUCACCCAUCGUAUAUACCCCUCACUUUGUCGUCCGAUCUUCAAAGUGAGGCUUGCGAGUUUGCUAGGGAACGUUUGUUCCCUUGCGCGCCCACUCCUGUUACUUAUCACGCCGGAAAGAGAUGGUUGACAACACUCUUGGACUUCGCGCGUUUCCUCCCAAAUCACAAUUGAUACUCUACCGCCCAUCCUGUCUGCGCGUCACACUCCACUCAUACUUUGAAAUUGGGAGAAUCUAUCAGCAAGAUAUAGAUAUUCUCUCGGAGUCAACCGUCUUCAUUCACUCCAUCACCGCCUUCGCGUUGGAGCACUACUUUCUGUACCACGUCUAUUCUUGUUAUCUAUCGGCGUUCAUAAAAGCCAGUACCAUCAACAGAUUCUUUCUGUCCCGCGUUUAUACCCA